UGGUUGCCAAACGCCGAUAGAGGUUGAACUCUUCCAAUGGAGUAGUCAUUAACCUUCAUCUCUUGUGCGCACCCUUCUCAUUCGAAUAUAUGAGCGUGUCGCAGAAUGCGAGCAAGUUCUCGAUCGCCCGAUCUUACGCAUCGACCCCCGGAAUCAAUCUCCCAGGGUACCGACGAUGGCUCAGCGCACUUUACCCCUUCUGAUGACGAUUCAGAUGAUGGUAUCCCCAUGGUAGAAGGCCCUGAUGCAUACGAAUUGCAACCCAUCGCCAGUGAUGACCAAAUACAUGGAAAUGCAGGACAAUCACGGAGGUUCUCUGCAAGCUCUGCCCAAAGCUUCGAGCUGUAUACACCAGAUGAAGACAGGGAAGUACGAAGAAAGCUCGAUAGACGACUGGUAGCAUUCAUGGCUCUUUUAUAUUGCCUGUCUUUUUUGGAUCGGUCAAACAUUGGAAAUGCGCGGAUUGCUGGACUGGAGAAAGAUCUUAAACUAGGCUUGAGAGAGUACGAGUGGUUGUUACGGGCAUUUUAUAUCACAUACAUUGUCUUCGAAUGGAUGACCUUGAUGUACAAGAUUGUUCCGCCACAUAUCUACAUAUCAAUAUGCGUCUUCUCCUGGGGCAUAUUUGCAUCACUCCAGUCUGUAACCACCUCCUUUGGGUCUCUCCUUGUAUUAAGGGCACUCCUUGGAGUUUCAGAGGCUGCAUUUGGCCCUGGGGUACCAUUCUAUCUGUCGUUCUUCUUUCGUCGAAACGAAUUAGCAUUACGUACGGGGCUGUUCAUCUCCGCAAGCCCGCUGUCAUCAUCCUUCGCUGGAGCACUAGCAUGGUUGAUUACAAAAGUUGGCGAAAAUGGACCACUGAGCCCCUGGAGACUUCUUUUCCUGUUGGAGGGGUUUCCUAGUAUCAUAAUAGCUGUUUGGGCAUGGGACUUUAUUCCAGACAGCCCAGGUACAGCAAAAUGGCUUACGAACAGACAGAGAGAGGUCGCUGUCUUGAGACUGAGGCAAGAGAAGGAGGCCGCUGAACUUGAGCAAUCAAGCGAGAAGUACCCCAUUCAAGGCACAAGCCCGAGAGGAAUCAACGUCAAAGAGAUCAUACAGACGCUGAAAGAUCCAAAAUGCUACCUGACUGCAUUCAUGUUUUUCAGUUGCAACGUAGCGUUCAGCUCAAUGCCAGUCUUUUUACCAACAAUUAUCAAAGACAUGGGGCACAGCUCGAUGAAUGCUCAAGCGCUUUCUGCACCUCCGUACCUCUUCGCCUUUGUCAUUGUGGUAAUCACGGCCUACCUUUCUGACUUGCAUCAAUCCCGCUCUCUGUACAUCAUUCUUCAUUCAUUACUCGCUUCUCUCGGAUACAUCACUAUCGCCGUGGCAGGAUAUUACCAGAUCCCGAACAACACCAUCCGCUACAUUGCGCUUUAUCCUGCAUGCGCGGGUUUCUUUUCUGCAAUCACCAUCAUCAUCACAUGGACCAUCAAUAACCAGGAUAGUGAUAGCAAGAAGGGAACUGGGAUGGCCAUCAUGAACAUUGUAGGUCAAUGUGGGCCUCUGGUAGGGACGAGCAUCUUUCCAAAAGAUGAAGGGCCAUGGUAUGUGAAAGGUAUGACAAUAUGUGCCGUUUUCAUGCUGCUUGUAGGCGUACUAGCCAUGAUCCUACGCUUUGUUCUGAAACGUCAGAACAACAAUAUACGUGACAAGGCUGGAGACUAUGCGGGCGUUCCUGUCGAGGAAGAUGGCCAAAGGUCAAAGUCAAGCUCCGAUGCUCGUGAGCGUCCAGACCCGGCUAUGGGCCCUCCAGGGAUAGCUGAAUCACCAACAUCCAUCGCAGCAGACAUUGCCAAGGAGGAGAAUGAGCGAUCUUCGACUGAUCUGAGAAGCCCUCAGGCUACAGUCGUAAACGAAAUACCUACCAAUGACUUUAAGCCAGAAUCCGAUGUGGAACAGGUACCAAGCAUGCCGAGAGGGGAGACUGAGGAGAUAGAGCUCAAAGGAGAGGAAGAGGACCCGCCCAUUCCUGAGUCUUUCAAAAGGUCUUCUAGCCCUGCCGCUCUGCAGAAAACAAAAGCUGCCGCCUAUGAGAAGGUAGGAGAAGAGGGUAUCAAUAGGAUGCACAAGUUUUCGCUUUACGAGACUAGCACGCGCUUCUACCUCGUUGGUGCCGACAUCAUGGAUCAGCAUUAUCGGGUACUAAAAAUCGAUCGUACCGCACCGCCUGGCCAUCUAAACAUCUUCGAGGAUGACAUUGUUUAUGACAAAAGAGAAAUGAACCAACUCCUCAAUGCAAUAGACGAUGGCAACAAAGCCACAGGAGGCCUCAAGUUGAAGUGUAGCACCUGGGGGUUACUUGGAUUCAUCCGGUUCACGGAAGCUUACUACAUGCUACUCAUCACGAAACGGGCACAGGUUGCGAUGCUCGGAGGCCAUUACAUAUAUCAAGUGGAUGGCACCGAAUUAAUACCUCUCACAACGGGAUCAACGUCUCGAUUUCAGAAAGAUCGCAAUCCGGAAGAAGCACGGUUUCUCGGCAUUCUCAAUAAUUUGGAUUUGACCAGAUCUUUCUACUUUAGCUAUGCGUACAACAUUACCAGAAGCCUGCAACAGAACAUCAUUCGCGAGCGCACCGCACUCAAUGAAGGAAUGCAUAGACCACCUCCGGAUUAUCAGGACAUGUUCGCUUGGAAUCAUUAUCUCCUGGAGCCCGCCAGUACCGCGCUCAAGAAUAUGUAUGACUGGUGCCAUCCCAUCAUCCACGGCUACAUUGAUCAGUCAUCUCUGAAUGUUUAUGGGCGACGGGUAUUCAUCACCAUCAUUGCGCGAAGAUCACGAUUUUUCGCUGGUGCACGAUUUCUCAAGCGCGGGUCAAACGAUUUGGGUUACGUAGCAAACGAUGUUGAAACUGAGCAAAUCGUUUCAGAAAGCUUGAACACAUCUUUCCAUGCUCCUGGACCUCGACUAUACGCAAAUCCUACAUACACCUCUUAUGUACAGCAUCGAGGAAGCAUUCCACUAUACUGGACACAGGACAACACCGGUGUCACACCAAAGCCAGAUAUCGAUCUAAACCUCAUAGACCCGUUCUAUAGCGCUGCAGCAUUGCAUUUUGAUAAUCUCUUUGAACGUUACGGAACGCCAGUAUACGUGCUGAAUUUGAUCAAGGCACGUGAGCGGACACCAAGAGAAUCCAAACUUUUAUAUGAGUAUCAGCAUGCCAUCAACUAUCUUAAUCAAUCGCUUCCUGCCGACAAGAAAAUUAUCUACGAAGCAUUUGAUAUGGCAAGAGCAUCCAAGACCCGCGGACAGGACGUCAUUGGGACUCUAGAACACCUUGGUGAAAAGGUGCUUACGACGACUGGGUUCUUCCAUAAUGGCGACCAUGACACAGGUUCUGCACAAGUUCAAAACGGAGUCGCAAGAACAAAUUGCAUUGACUGCUUAGAUCGGACUAAUGCAGCACAAUUCGUAAUUGGCAAAAGAGCUCUGGGUCGACAACUCCAGGCACUUGGUGUUAUCAAAGGAAAUACGGUAGAGUACGAUUCAGACUGUGUCGACUGCUUUACUCAUAUGUUUCAUGGCCAUGGAGAUGCUAUUGCUAUUCAGUACGGCGGUUCUCAUCUUGUCAACACAAUGGCGACAUAUCGGAAAAUCAAUCACUGGCAGAGCAGCUCUCGCGACAUGGUCGAAAGCUUCAAACGUUACUAUCACAACUCUUUCCUUGAUUCGCAACGUCAAGAAGCAUAUAAUCUGUUCCUCGGAAAUUACGUCUUUGCCCAAGAUGAACCAAUGCUCUGGGAUCUUACGACCGACUACUACCUCCACCAUGAGAGCCCACGUGUAUGGCUAGGGAAGGCCCGUCGCGACUACAUCAAUUGGUACACUCCGAGUCAUCUGGAGCCUCGAUCAUUGCCUACUAGUACCGUGCCCUGCAAAAAGCAACUGCAACUUACCCAAAAAGGUGUCAGUCUUUACGAUGAUUAUUGGUACGAGUACUAUAGGCCACUGGCACUUUCUUCGUUCCUCAAGAUAUUUGCGUUCCGUAUCAACAAUCAGUCCGACAUGACACGACAGCAAGGCAUCGAUAAGUUGCAUGCCGAUAAGCAUGUAGCAUUUCAUACACAGGAUCUUUCACCUUUCAUCAUUCGCAAGAAGCAGCAUGACCAAGAGUCACCAAGAAAAGAGGGCAAAAAGCCUCUUCGAAAGGGCGUAACUAUUGUUGACCCAUCUAGCGACACUGACGCUCGCCGUCAGAGCUAUCUCGCCCGCCGACGCAAAGAACAAUACCCCACGAUACCUGAGCUGAUAACAUCACCCGUCAGGGGCUCUAUCUUGAGAGAUCCACAUUUUGAGACCGACAUGCCUACUUCUGCUCCCCCUUUCCUCGGAACCUUUCCACCUCUUUCGAAUUCCGAGUCUACCAGCUUUUCACAAUCACGGAACCCGAAGUUAGCGGACAAAUCACUGAUCAAUCAAUGGACACUUGCCCAGUUCUACGAGCAUAGCCUGGAUCCUACUGUUACUUCGGCUGAGGAGGCCGAGUAUUCGCGUUACGUCGAACAUCCACUUAACCUUCCACUCGUAGUGAGUUCCGAAACUCCUUCUACCGACGACCCUGGAGCUCUCGAAUUCUACGAAUACCUAUGCAUGGACGAGGAGGGCGUGAAACCCGUGUCCAGCCUCGAUGACCACGUAUCAAUCAGCGACGCCGCGCAGGUUCCCCUGCCCUCGCUUUACGAUUCCGCCUUACUGGACACUGCCUCAGUCCGAUCUCUCCCAUUCGCACAGAACCAAGCGCACAACAAUUACGCGGCUCGCCCGACUUCAAGCCUUUCCCUAUCGACUCCGUUCUCGCAUCACCCACCGCUCCCUCCCGAUCCUGUCCCCGCGGCUACGGCGAAUCUCAGUACGCCGAAAUUCCAGACGUCGGAAGAAGAUAUUGAAGAGUUUGAAGAGUUCCUCACAGUGCUAGAUAACCCGCUCGAUGUUCUAGAAGAAGACGGCACGAAGAAGAGAUACAAGGCGUACAGGCAGUGGUUGAAAGGGAAGAGUUUCUUCAAGCAGAGCAAGGUGGAUCCGGAAUGGCAGAAUCAGCUACCGCUCAGAUGAAACCUACUGCGCCAAGAUCCCUUGCUUAUCGUUAGUUUCAUGAAGGAGAGUAGAAGAGCAGGCUAUGAUUCCAGCGAUGCGAGAGUAGCGAUACGUCAUGUCUAGAGUUGGGCCAAUCAUGUUUUAUGUCACUUCAAUUUGUCAAGUAUCAAUUACUCAGUAUACAUCAAGCGAGCGAGAUCUCCACGUUAGCAUUAGCGCAAGGUUGGUUUAGAAGUUAGAUUUAUUCGUUUCAUAAUUAUAUGAGGAGUAUCCAUGCAUGC